AUUUUCUGUAUGUGGGCGGAUGAUUUUCCGCACAUAUGUAGAUGGAGGAUUCCAUCUUCCGUGUUUCAUGUUCUCGUCUAAAAGCACAUCGGGACUGUGAGUUGUUCGGUCUCUGCAGGCUUCUCGAAGAGAGGGAAGCCGGUCGCCCACUGGCUGGUUGCUGGCUGCAUGACGAAAUCUUCUUUGGCACCAUCCCACCACUUAGCCCCACUCCAGAGUCUAUUUUCACUACGACAUACCACUGCUACCACCCGCUACCGCCUGCCGCCCUCGACUGAUGCUGGCCAUCACCGUCUUUAUUCCUCUAAUUCUGUAUUGCUUUCUUUAUUUCUAGAAGCACUUCCACAGUUAACUAUCGCCAAAUGUCCAGUUGCUUUCCCUCGUCGAUGUCCUCCUUCUCCGAGCGAUCAACAACCUGCUACUGGCCAUCCACACGAGCGUCCUCGCCCCACCGUCCGAAGCCCUUCUACGCGCUCUACAACAUCCCGAGUUUCACGCUCCACCACGAUGGUGCAACCUCGCCACUCUCGAAUAAAGCCCCGUCGCAACCCGCCUCUCCCGACAGCUCCCGCUCCACCUCCCCCGGCGAAGCCCACCGCCGCUGCCGCACCUACAUCUUCGGCACGCCGACCUCGCAAGCCGGCACUCCCGACGACAUGAGCAGCGUCGACUCGAAGGUUGAGGAUGCGCAUGGAGAUGUGGGAAUGGACCCGGUGAGGGAUGAGCGCGGGAGUCGGAUUGGAUCGUUUGCUGGGUCGCUACGGUCGAUGGGGUCGCUACAGUUCCACGAUCAGGACGGAAGGGUUGAUCCGCCUAGUAUCUCUUUCGGCGGGGGUAGGAAAGGGGGCUCUGCUUGGGCAUUGCUGGAUCAGCCCGGGAUGGCGGAAGCCAGUGGUGCGUGGAGGAGUCACUGCGGGGUUGCGAAGAAUGAUGGGCCCAGCUCGCAUCCGUCGCCGGAGAUGUCGUCGAAGGUGUUUGUGCCGUCGCCACCGCUACGGACACGAUCGAAUGGGAGCAGGUUCAGUGAGGAUUUGGCGCAACCGAAGAGAUCGGUCAUCUCACUGCAGUGGAUCAAGAAGAAGGUCAGAAGGAAAACUGAUGUUCGGAGUAUCGGAUAUAAUUCGGAUGGGGCAGGAUCGGUCAAGGGGAAACAUCCGAUGAAGAUUCCUCACAGGCUCAAGAAACGGUCGAGCACGGCGAUGGUGCUCCUACCAGAAGCUACAGAAACCUCCUCGAAGUCAAACAUCGAUAUAUAUGAUGGAACCGGGACGAGACACUCUCCGCCAAACACGACCGACCCUAUCCCUGCUGCUGCCCCAUUCUUAUCCGCUGUCGAUUCUGCUCUCACCGCUAGUAGUGGUCGCCAUAAGUCUCGUGUCCGUCAGCUGAGCGUCGAACUCAACCGCUUUGUCACGGCAGUUACCCCCACUCGCAGGUCCCUCUCCAACACAUCGUCGUUCGAAUUCCCGACACCGCCGGCCCGCUCGCAGUCCGCUCCACCGCGCAACAGCCUCUGGGAGCUCGAAUUUCUGCCGUCGGAAGCAACUGGCGUCAAGACACCUCGCGAGUACCCCGUCUACAACCCCAUGCGUCUCGGCGGCAAAGUAAUGCCACGCGCAAAAGAGAUGAACUACUUCAGCCUAGCAGACAUGGUGCAAUCGCAGCCGCCGCUCGCCCCUGUCGGCGAAUACUGCUCACGGCUGGACCCCAAAGCAACACCGGCGACGCCAACAACAUCAGGCCCAUCGCUCAUCGGACAGUUCACGGAGGAAGACUGCCGCGCCAUCGCCCCGUUCAUGGAGCAAGACCGGCACUGUGAAACCAACGCCAAAGCCGCGAUACACCAGCGACUCCGCCGCGCCUCUCUCCACGCCAAAAGCAUGGUUUACCGCAAACCUCCCUCGGACGCCCAACCGCUCGUAGAACCCGAUCUCCCCUCCCGCCCCUCCUCCCGCCUCGGCGCGGCAUUCAAGUGGAUCCGCCGCACGUCCACCUCGGCCAGCACGGUGAUCACCGACGCCAACUUUUCCGCCCGCACCCUGCGGCGCGGCCAGGACCCCGCCGAGCUCGAGAUCGUCAAGCCGGCCGAAGUCAUCCUCGCCGAGAAGAAGCGGCGGAAGCGCGACAGCGGCGUGAUCGGAUUGCAUCCUGUCGAGGACUUCGCCGAGAGCACGGAUAGCAGCCUGACGUACGCCAGUGCGGUCCGCGAGAUUGCUGGACUGGGGAAGUAUCCUGCUGGAGGGAAGAAAUCGGCACGCGAGGGAGUGCAGAGACUAAACCUCGACGUGGGUGAUCUGGUGACUCCGGUUCCCCCGCAUUUUCCGGUGAAUACGGUGCAUCCGGGCGCGCUGCUGCAGGAGGAGUGGGAGAGGGAGAGGGAGUAGGGGGGAGUAGGUAUGGUUCUGGCAUCUCGUGAUCCAACACCCGCUGAUGAUUUAUACUCCGUGGAGCAGGUAAGGCACUAGAGUUUAACGCACAGGGACUGCGCGGGAUUGAACCUUUAUGAGCGUGUGUUCGGUGUCGAGGCGUUUGGGUUGCUUGCUUGCUUUCAUUAUGACAUUAUGACCCGGCGCUGGUCGCUGCUAAGGAGGACAGACAGUAGAGUAUGGUACGGUGUUGUGGUCACUGGGUUAGGAGUUAUCAGUUCAGUUCAGUUCCGUUUAGUUUAGCUUAUUAAGACAG